AUGUCGAAGGCAUUCAUUGGUAAACCGGCUCCCGAGUUCACCACGAAAGCGGUGGUCGACGGCGAUUUUGUCGACGUGAGCCUUCACGACUUCAAGGGGAAAUAUGUAGUGCUUUUCUUCUAUCCUAUGGACUUCACGUUCGUCUGCCCAACGGAAAUCAUCGCUUUUUCCGACAAGGUCGGCGAGUUCAAGAAAAUCGACACCGCAGUCCUCGCCUGCUCCACUGAUUCUGUAUUCUCGCAUCUGGCUUGGAUCAACACGGUAUGUUUUGCUUAG